CCAGAGUGGGUCAGCAAAUAUAUAAUGCUCUUGCAGGGAAUUUCAGGAUCAGAGAGGAGACCACAGGACCUUGGGUUGGCCUGUGUGUUUCUCUCUUUCACCCACACAGAGAACUGCUCACGGCGUGAUCCACUCAUCUGUGGCUGGCCACACUGCGGCCUGCCAUGAAGGGCCACUUCAUGCUCAUUCUCUUGUCUGCAGCUGGGGCCACUCUGGACAAUAACCUUAUAGAAAAGCCACACUCGGCAGGAUUUACUAUUCCGUACCUGGUCUAUCUCCAGUCCAAGUCAGGACCCUGUGUAGGGUCUCUUAUCCACCCAGAGUGGGUAUUGACGGCUGCUCACUGCUCCUUACCUAUUAAUAUCCGACUGGGAGUUAUUCAACCAAGCAUCAAAAAUAAGAAAGAACAAACACGGAAUUACUCGUUAACUGUACCCCACCCCGAAUUUGAUGCAAAAUACCUCAAAAAUGAUCUGAUGAUGAUAAAACUCUCCAAGGCUGCUGAUAUCAACAGCAAUGUGGGAACUAUAGCCAUAGCCAUGGAACCCAUGCCAUACAAUGAUUCCUGCUUUAUCCCAACCUGGAUCUGGAAUGAAUAUAGAAAUAACAGUGACGCUGACAUCUUGACAUGGAUAAACGAACAUGCACUUCCCACACAAGAAUGCCUGAAUGUACUCCAAAAACAGCAACAAGACAUGACUUUGAACAUCAUGUGUAUGGGCAAACCUCUGAUUCCCAUAUCUGAUAUUAAGGAAGUACCAGCGGCGCCAGCCAUCUGCAAUGGGAGGCUGCAGGGAAUCUUGUCUUGGGCCAAAGGCAGUAUCAUCCUAGGAAGUGAAGGUUUCUUUACAGAAAUUCAUCCCUACGCAAGAUGGAUCAUGGCAAUCAUGAGUAAAAACUGAGACGCCCCUGUUCUCCCAUACGCUCAAAGUCAUCUCUUCAUGAUUCCCACAAUAGAUCCAACGAGAAAGCAUCAAUAAAAACUGACAGAACCUA